ACAAAGAUGAUUGGCUGACCACCAAAUCAACAAGCCGGUUCAAACCGAUGAACUAGCUAAAGAACUCUCUCUCUCACUCAGAGAAGAAACGAAAUAAACUCAAAAACAUAGACUGAUUUUAUUCAUGGCAGAGUUUACAUAUUUAUAGUACAAUGAGUCAAAGAAAGACUUAAGAGUUUUGUAGAAAACUAGAAACUUAGAAAACAUAAACAAAGACUAAGACUUUUGACUAGAAAUAAGUGUGUUGUUGAAUGGCUCUUGGAUGAUCACGACUUUGACUCCUUUUGUUGAUAUUUCUUGAUGCAAAUGGGCAGGAGACCAUCAGCAAAGGCCUGGUCGAAUUUGGUGUAAAACCGACCCAAAUUGAAUUUGUUAUGAAUUUUUCCUUGGGCUGAAAAGGUCCAUUUCACCCAGCAACUAAACCAGCUCCAUCUUCAUUGUCACUUAGCUCAUUCAGCUCCAAGCUAGUGUCACUUAGCUCACUCAGCUCAUCCAGCUCAUAUAUGUAAGUGUCACUUUGAUUCAGCUCGACCAGCUCGCCCAAAUAAGUGUCACUUCGCCCAGCUCGUCCAAAUUUAGCUUCUGGCUCGACCAUGGUUGCUUCAUCCGAUGGGGAAACCUUGGUUGGGUCGAGUUGUGCACCAUCCUGGCCCGGGUCUACGAUCCAGGGCACAUCAUUCCCUCUCUUUUCAAAAAGAUUUGUCCUCAAAUCUGUAAUAUUAAAAGGAAAAGGGUUAUAAGCAAAGGAAUCAUAAUCUGAACAUUGCUCACCUUGAGUUUGGUCCGGUUUUUGAAUGGAAGAAGAUCUUUCUUGGUUUGCUAGAUGACCAAGAAUUUUUUUCUUCAUCUAGCCCUUCCAUUGGGUCAUAUGUGAAGUCAUCGAAAAUUGGCAAUGGAUCUUCCUUUUUUGGUUCGGUUUCAACGUUCUCAUUCUCCAAAGUCACCAACAGUCUUUGCUUUUGACACUUGUUAGCAUAAUGACCGAUCCUAUGGCAUUUGAAGCACCUGGUAGAAUGAGCUUUGCUUGUGGGUUUCACAGAUUUGCUUUUAUCAGAAGACAACACAUUAGUUUUCAAAUCAGAAUUUGAAAGAGAAGAAAAAUUACUUUGCUGUUUUGGUGCAGAAGAAGUGUUGUUGUUUCCCUUCUUUUUGAGUUGCCGGACAACAUGAAUCGCCUUAUGCAACAUCUUUUCCAAGCUGGCAUAAGUCUGAAGCUCGUUCUGAUCAGGCACAUCACAGUUGCUUCUCUUGGCUUUGGUGAAGGGACGAUCACCACUUCUGACCCACUUCUCAUCAUCACACCUGUUUUGUCUCUUCUUUUGUUUCUGCACAAAGUCAAACCCAUUAGAAGCAAACUGUUUCUUAUCAAAAAUCAAUUGCUCCUUUUCAAAAACAGUUUUAAAAGGAAAGUAGACGUCUUGUUGUGGUUUUGAUUUCUUGAGAAGUCCAAACGUCCUGAAAACACUUAACAAAGUUAGCAAAUAAAAAUCCUCACACUCUCAAGUGUUUAGCUCACGAUUUUUAGAUGGUCACUCAGAGUUCUUUCACUGGUUCAAAGGAUGAUAGGCAGUAAAAAAUCAGCAGUCAAAACCCAAAACAAACUUUGUGGGAAAAGAAAAGAGAAAGAACAAUGAAGAGAUUUUUGUGUGGAUCCGCCUUAACUGUCCUAAAGCUGGGUUUCUCUUCAGCCAGCAGGGUUUCUCUUCCACCACUCCCCCUGGAUUUCUCUUCAGAAGUGAUUCAAGCCAAAACUUUUUUUUUUAAAAUCAAAUCAUAGAUUUUUUUUUUUAUACGUUAUCGAUUUUUUUUUUUUUAAAAUGGCGGUCACAAGGGAGUAAAGGAACAACCCGGAUCAAAAAAGAAAUAAGAAAAGAAAAUGAUGAAGAUAUGAGAAGAUGAUAAGAAUAAUGAAAACAAACCAGCCAAAGUGGCUCUGAUACUACUUGAUAGAACCAAAAUCGGGAUCACUUUAGCUGGGUGUUGGAUAUGAUCCGAGAAGACAAACGACACUUCUGGAACUGAGAUGGAUUGAAAGAAUCGUCAAGAGAUGCGGAAUGGCUCUUGAUAUACCCACGAUCUAAAGCUAAGCACCUAAGAACGAAUGUAGUGUGUACUAAUUUUCUUUUUAAGUUGUAUGAAACUGAAAACGAUGAACAGAGAGAAAUUGAGUCUCUGUCGCAUUUGUUGAAUCUCAGAUGCUUAUAAGGAGUUUGCAAUAAGCAAUGAAGAGACAGAGAACUUACAAUCUCAUUUGUUUUUCACUAAGUCAACAAAAAGAAUCAAGAUCCAAUUUUUUAGGCCUCUCUCUCUCUCUCUCUAUAUAUAUAAAGCAUACAGUUUGCCUUCUCAUCUCUUCUUGUCUAUCUAUCACAAGAUCUUGAAACGCUUCUUGAGAGAGAGAAGAGAGUUGCCAAUCUUGGGUUGACUGACUUAGCCAUCCAUGAAUCCGGAGCAAAACCCCUCACGCCAAUGCGCAGCCUGCGGGGAGCAAGAAGCCUUCCUCACCUACGCCGUCAGGCAAAACCGGCGACUCUGCACCGACUGUUUACUCAAGGAGCAUCGUCACCUCUUCUGCCCAAUUUGUCUCGACGUCCCUCCUCCUCCAGAAGAGAGCAUCGUCUGCCUCAAUUGCCCUUCCGUCGCCCACCUCGCUUGCCCUCCUCCUCCUCCUCCGCCGUCUUCCUCCUUCACAUGCCCGCCGUGCUCCGACCCCAAUUUCUCCUUCUUCCCCAAAUCUAACCCUGACCAAGAAUCAGCCGACGCUCUCGUGGCAGCCGCCAAAAUCUCGGCGGCUUUGAUGAACAACGAGGCGGCUGAGUUAAAGAAGGAAGCUCAUAAGAAGAUCUUCGCAGCCAAAGAGGCCAAGAUGAGAGCUAAGGAAGCUUUGGGGAAUCUUCAGGACCUUGUUCUCAUGCAAAGAGCUUCGGAGAAGAAGAAUAGUAACAACGCUAACCCUAACCCUAACAAGAGGAAGCAUCGUUGAUUCACAAAUCUCUCAGCUGGAGACUUUGAGAGAGUUUAGGGUUUUGAUUAGAUUAGGACUUUCUUUUUGUAUAAUGGUGUGUUUGUUUGUGUGUAAUAAUUCAAACGAUUUCGUCUUUUGUGUUUUGGUUGAUGAGUUAGAACAACAAACACAUGGAAGGAAGUGAUGAUGUUUUGGUACUUGGACACUGUUUUUGCUUCUUUUGUUCCAAGAUAAAUCAAUUUCUUAUAUGUUAAA